GAGCUUCAGGGGUUUUGCUGGAAACCACGUGAUUAGACGCGGAACUUCAGUAAACGCCAAAAGGCUCGGAAAUGUCACAUUAAACUGCUGCAGGUUUAUAAACCCGCUUCCGAUCCGUCCUGCGAGUUGAUCAGACAGAAUACCCUCCCAAUGGCGAGCGCCCCUCCGAUGGAGCCCUCCGUCCCAGUGGGAUUUGCAGCUCCACCGCCGUCUUAUGAUGAAGCGAUGGGCCCAGUAGGCUGUUACCCACAAGGCACUGCGGCUCCUCCUCCGGUCUACAAAGCUGCAGCUCCUUAUCCAGCACAGACGUAUACGCAAAUGUAUCCACCCGCUCAAAACAUACCCCCUGUGACAGGCCCACCAGUGGUUUCAGUGCAGACGGUGUACGUGCAGCCGACCGUGUACGGAGAUGUUCCAGUGCAGACAUGUUGCCCUGUGUGUUCUCAGACUGUGGUAACUCGACUGGAGCACAGUACAGGUGCCAUGGCCUGGCUGGCAUGUGCAGGCCUGUGCAUUAUUGGCUGUAUGUACGGCUGUUGCCUGAUCCCCUUCUGUGUGGACAGCCUGAGGGACGUGACGCACUUCUGCCCCAACUGCAACAACGCCAUCGGUUCAUUCAAACGCCUCUGAUGUGACAACAGGAACUGAGCACACAUCCACUGUACUUUUUGUACUUUAAGCAUUCCUUGUUCCUUAUUACUGCACACGUAUAAUUUACUUCAUAAUUUCUCAAUAUAUAAUUUUUAUUAAGAAUCAAUAUAAUCUAUAUCUACUUUCUUAGCACUGUAUAUCUUUACAGUAAUACAAAAUACUACACUUUAAAAAAUAUUAUUAAAGCUAUUAUUCAUUUUAAAAUAAAUGCUUGUCACUAGAACACAGCUAAAUAACAUUUAAUGCACCUAAGGUGUAGAUAGCGUCGUUACAUUUUUCAUAUUGGCAGUAUCGGUGAUCGCUGAGUGUUGACUAAAGAUGUUAAAGUGCACUCCUGCCAAAGUUCGUGCACCUAAGGUGUAGACGGCGUCAUUAUAUUUUCAUAUUGCCGCUAUCUGUGAUCACUGAAUGUUGACUAAAGAUGUUAAAGUGCACUCCUGCCAAAGUGUUAACACCCUCUCUGAAAGGUCAAUAAACAUCAGAAGUGCCUUAUCAAGGUUUCCCCUACUGUAAAAGUAACGAUAAGUCCAUGUCUUGCGGCACUUCUAUGUUUCCCUCUCUUGUACACUCCCCUCUUACGAAAGUGAUGCUUUGGCACAUUGUUGCUCAAUACAUUUACUCAAAGUUUUUUACAACUUUUAUUGUCAAUAGUUAAUAUAAAUAAAUGUCACAAGAUUAAUAAACAAAAUAUUAUUUAAAAAAAAA